GGGCUCUCCUGUGUUGAGGUCUCCUGCAGAAAGUGUUUAAUUGUCUGCUUCGACGGGAAUUCAACUUUUCAGAAUCAGAUGCCGCCAACGGAGGCGAUGGCCGUGGCCGCGUCGGCACCCGGCAAAGUCCUUUUCGCCGGCGGAUUCCUGGUCCUUGACCGCAAACAUACAGGUCUGGUGUUCGGCCUCAAUGCCCGGAUCCACGUCCACGUUCAACCGUUAGGUUCAGAAGAGGCCACCAUAAGGACGAGAACGGCGAAUACUACUAGUACUGUGCUGGUGAAAUCUCCUCAAUUCCUUGACGCCAGCUGGCUGUAUGAGGUGUCUGAGCACAAGUCUGAGGGUCAAGAUCAGCAGGCACAUGCCAGUGACGGCGUGGCCGUCAAUGUACGCCAGAUCCAAGAUGACUCAGACUACACGCAAACAGCCAACAAGUUCGUCGAAACGACGCUGCUGUAUGUCUUGACGUACCUCGCACAUGUCCCGACGGGGAGGCGGCCCAGGACAGAUUUGAAGAUCACCAUUUUGGCGGAUAAUGACUACUAUUCUCAACCUACGGAGUCGUCGUCGUCGUUGUCUGAUCUAUCUGCCAGUGGUACUACCACCACCUUCAGCAAUUUUGGAGUCAAACUGAGCGACGCUCACAAGACGGGACUGGGCUCAUCCGCCGCGCUGGUUACAGCCCUGGUCUCCGCGUUGCUUGUGUUUCAUGGCGCCGCUGCUGCUAAGCGGCAGUCGUCCAAGAGUAUUGGGGCUGCCGAGCUUGACCUUGACCACCGAAUCAUCCACAAUCUAGCCCAGGCCGCUCACUGCGCAGCUCAGGGCAAAGUCGGAUCUGGGUUCGACGUCGCGGCUGCCGUGUACGGGUCUUGUCUGUACCGACGGUUCACGCCUACGAUCCUAGAGGCCGUCGGAGAGCCUAGUACUCCUGGAUUCGGCGAACGGCUACACCGAUGUGUCGACGAUCUGGAGCUGGACUCGGGCCGUCAAUGGGACGUCGAGGUGGCUAGGCAGGUGGUGCAGAUCCCAGACGAUUUGGUGUUAGUCAUGUGCGAUGUCGACUGUGGCUCGGAAACACCGGGGAUGGUGCGCAAGGUGCUUCAGUGGCGUAAGGAACGUGCCCAAGAGGCCGAAAUACUGUGGAAUGCGCUGCAGCAGGGGAUGGAUGACUUGUGUCGAGAAUUAAAGCGGUUGGCUGGGACGAUAUCGACAUCGUUCGCCGCUGCUGCUGGUAAGGAUGGUGGUGAGGGGGGUAAUGGUGAGGAUGCAAAGUUCAAAGACCUGGCGGAUAUUCUCUUGACCAUCCGCAGUCUGGUCAGAGAAAUGUCGGCCAGAUCUGGUGUCCCUGUGGAACCGCCCGUUAUCACGGAGUUGCUGGACUUUUGUACGGCUUUGCCAGGUGUCGUUGGCGGUGUUGCCCCUGGUGCGGGCGGGUAUGAUGCCGUCGCGUUGCUGGUCAAGAACGAUCCACAGGUUGUGCGGCACCUUCAUGACCGUUUGGAUGGUUGGAGGAGUCGAGAUGGUGGUUCUACUGGUGCCACGAUCGGGAAGGUCAGGCUGUUAGGGGUGAAGCAGGAAAAGGAGGGAGUCAGGUUGGAAGACGGCGCGGUGUACAGAGGUUGGGUGUGAUGGUGCAGGAGUGAGCGAAAAAGAGAAUAUGUUGAGAAGAGGUUAACAACACUGGGAGAUUCUACUGUCUAAUCGAUCAUCGCAUGGGUUGGUGUUGGACUGAGCAAUCGGAGUCUGAAAAUAGCAAAUUUCGUGCUGGACAGUUUGUCGGUGCCCUUCACGUGCCGUGGAUGUGGUAUGAUUUCUGUUUACUUUUGCCUGAUCUUGAAAGAACCUCAGCCUCGUGAUUUUCGGGCUUGCGGCUGAGGAUGCUAUAGUUUACAGCUGAAUAUCAUCCUGCUUGGAUCGGGGCUUAAUUGUCCUGAUGUUCAUCACA